GAGAGAGAGAGAGAGAGAAUAAUAAAGAUGUCAAAAUCAUUGCUUUUAAGUUUUGGGAAAUAAGAAACACGUAAAAUAUUCGUAAACCGAGUGCUUAUUAAAAUUAUUUCUUCGUCAUAGUGAGAGAAAGAAAGAAACCCAACGCGUUCUCUCUCUCUCUCUCUCUCCUCCCUUCUCUCUCUCUCUCGCAAAAACCCUCAUUGCGUAGCCUGCAAUCGACUUUCGAAUGGCCAACAGUAACCUUCCCCGGAGAAUCAUCAAGGAAACUCAACGUCUCCUCAGUGAGCCUGCACCGGGAAUUAGCGCUUCACCAUCGGAAGACAAUAUGCGAUAUUUCAAUGUGAUGAUCCUUGGCCCAACACAAUCUCCUUAUGAAGGAGGAGUUUUCAAGUUGGAACUAUUUUUGCCAGAAGAAUAUCCAAUGGCUGCUCCAAAGGUUCGAUUUCUCACCAAAAUUUAUCAUCCUAACAUUGACAAGCUGGGAAGGAUAUGCCUUGACAUUUUGAAAGACAAAUGGAGUCCUGCUCUCCAGAUACGAACUGUACUUUUGAGUAUUCAGGCACUUUUGAGUGCUCCAAACCCCGACGAUCCGCUCUCUGAGAACAUCGCCAAACAUUGGAAAUCGAAUGAGGCUGAAGCGGUUGAAACAGCAAAGGAAUGGACCCGUUUAUAUGCAAGUGGUGUGUGAUGGCAUGGUGCAAGUUUAUCAUUCCCUCAAAUAACAUUGUUGCAAUGUAUGGUAUUCACUGUCAUUUUAGAUGAAAGAAUUGGAAAGAAUUGAUGUUUGAAAUAUUGGAGUUUAAUGUUCUCAAGCUACCAUUUAUUGCCUGAUAAUUGUUUCAUCUCUUGGAAGCUUGUGUCUGAAUUUGGAUGAUCAAGGAUGAAGAUACAUUUAUCUUCGGUCUCAAGUGUCGGCUGGGGAUUAUUAUAGGCACACAAAAUAUGGAUUUCUGGUAAUCGAUAGUGUGAAUAAUUCUUUACCAA